GUCUCAAAGUGAUUGUCUUCCCCUUGUUGUUGCCUCGUAGUCUGUCCUGUGACAUCCUACAGUUACUGUUGUUUUCCUUUCUUGCUGUUUGCAACAGGAAAUGACUGAGAGAUCAUCGUUUAAUUUUUGCUGUAUCUAUAUUUUAUCUUGGAUGCCAGCUUGCGAAGUGUAGAGGUAAUGUGUUUGCUUUUAGAGGAAAUUCAAGCUUUGACGAGGGACGGUCCUUUUAUUCGAGAUCGUUCAACUCUCGCGCGGAGACAGUAAACUUUUGUCUCAUCUUUUUGCUCUGCAUCGUAGAUAAUAUUAGCAGCGAUGGAUAAAGCAGCAAGAGCUGUAAGACGGAGCAGUGUCAAACUGAUGUCCCUUGGAGCAGGACAUGCUGAUCUUAAUGUCCUUAUUUCAGAGGUCAAGGAUAUGAGAACAACUGCCAAGGCAUUUAUGAAUGCACAAAGUUCUGCUUCACAAGAUCUUUUAAAAUGGGCAACCAAUGAAGAAAACCGAGCACUCCAGGAUGUGGCCAAUCAACUUGCUGAGCUUAAUUUAGUGUGGACAGAAGUCCAAAGAGAGUUCUGUGAACAUAUAAAGGAAUACAGACAUAUGUAUGAAAUGAUUUUAGAAGGGGAGAAGCACUUGGCACAGUGCAGGCAUAACUUUGCUACCUGUGAACAGAGGGAAAUAAAGAUCAGAAAGGAACUAAAGAAAGCAUUCAAGAAAGCUACAGAAGCAGAGCUGCAGAUUUUGGAAAAUCGUCUAGCACAGGCAGAAAGAGCCAAAGACUUAGCACAGAUGGAAGUCUCUGACCGCAUCCGAGAAAAUGAGGCCGUAAAACUGAUUCGCUUAAAAGAGGGUCUGUUGAAAGUAUCAGAAGCAUAUGCAGCAUUUGCCAAGAAAUGUUCCAUCAUCUUUGAAGCUCAGAGGCAAAUUGUGCAUCUUCUGCCUGAUGUCCACACUCAAGAUCUGGAAGACAUCAAAUACACAGGCUCUGGUGCAACAAAGCAUUAUGUACAAUUAGCCAAAGAGAAGGUUCGUCAGUUUCGUCACCACAAAUAUGAGACCCAUGCCUUUGCACACCAUUACUUGGAGCCCCCACCGCCAUACACAGCUGACACAAUUCUUACAUCCAGUGCCAGCUCCACAUGUAACACAGUUGAUGCCAGAGGUCAAGACAUGUCUUCCCAUCGACAGAGCAAUAACUUGUCCUCCACUUCAAACACAACAUCUGCUGCCAUCAACCCCUUGUCACAGAUAGAAGGCUCAAUCGUAGAUUAUGACCCUGACUGGGACAGCGAUUAUGAGGACCUGACAGGGGCAAUGGGAGGAGCUAGAAUAUGAAUCCUUUUAAUAUGUUGGCAUGGAGUUGAACUAUAAGCUGACACAACCACAGGCAUCAGUUCAUUUUUAUUUAUUUUUUUUUGUUUGUUUGUUUGUCAAGAGAGCUGAAAAUGGUUCUUAAGGAAAUAAAACUCCAGGUAUUUUGUACCUGUUUUGUGGCUGUUGAUUGCUCAGGCAGCACUGGGGGUAUUGCUGGUUGACAAAUCUUAAGUCUCGAAAAAUUAUUUAUUUCAUCUCAGUGUGUGUUUGAAGGGAAAUGAAGAUGAUUUAACAUUUUUUGAUGGUCUGUGACACUUCACUUCAUACUAACUGGAAUGAUUGACAGUCAUCCUCAAUGCCUAUGUCACAUUGCCUAGUGGGUUUCGUUUGGGUGACUGCAUAGUCUUCACUAAACUGUGAAUAUUUAGUAAACAUAUCAUUGUUUACUUAGCGGCCUACUGGAAUAUUUAUAUUAUUUACUACUUUGAUUUAAUUAAUUUGAUGAUUUGACUCUGUUUCCGAUGGGUGUGUGAGUUUGGUCUGUGUGAUAAUGGGUAUGUUGCUGUGUGAUGGUCUUAUACAACUGGUGUGUUCAGCCUUUUAUUAUUCUGGUAGAGUGCAAGCAAACAAAUUACAGUGUUGGCAGGAGUUAAAAGUGUUUUGCUUUAUUGCCAGAUAGUCCUCAAAUAUUUAUUAUUGAAAGCCCAGGAACUGGUUAGCAGCAAGUCAUCUGCAAACAUUUAUAAAACCCAUUUGUAUUGUUAAAAACUGUUAGACAUUUUACACUCAUGCAUUUUCAAUCAUUUUCUUUUCUUUAUCUGAAAAUGGCUGUGGAAUAAACAAUGUUAACUCCACAGUGAAACAUUAGUCAUGGCAACACUGUGAUGACAAUCUGGAAUAAUGUGCGUAAUUUUUCAAAAGCUACCAAUAUAUAAGCUGCCCUCAUUGCUAUAUGAUAAACUCCCUUUGACUUGAGAUAAUAUGGAAAAUUGUGUUUCUUAUACAGAAAGUAUGUUUUAUGAAUACUGUACAUUGCAAGGUCCCGUUUCAUCAUUCCUGAUGAUCAGUCAAAAGUUCUGUCAAUGAAAAAAAGAGCAAGUUGAAUUGUGUGAAUGAUAAAAUCUUGAGAUUAUUUACACAGCUGAAAAUUUCACAACAUCCUUGUUGAAGCCAAAUUAAUAAUCAUGUUCCCCUCCCUUUUAAUUGCUAAAGUCCUUUACUUUCUGUCUUUUUAUUUUAUUGCUAGUAUUUGUCAUGUUUCGCUUUUAAGCUUUGCCUGUUGACUACCAUUGUGAGCCAAUGUUUCAUGGCCAGGAUUGAAAAUUUACAUCAGCAGAGGUAUGGCUAAGUUUUGGGGGGGUUUUUUAUUUUUAAAUCAGAGCUGACAAAGUAGCGAUGACAGUGUGUUGAUGUACGUGUUUGUUUACACAUAAGACUACAGCUCGGGUGCAGACAUAAGACAAGACCAAGAUUUUCUUUAACAAACUGAUUAUAGCAGACAGGAGGGGCUCAUCCACUGAAAGAACUUGAGGGAGUCAUGGUGAGAUUGGCACACAUUACUGUUUAUCAAUUAUUGAAAUGCAGAACUUUGUGUGAAGCUGAUACACAAUCGGGUUGCACAGUUUUCUUUUUGUUAGACUACUGACGCGAUGUAGUAAGAGUUGCUUAUCUAGUUUCAUUACAACUUGCAGAAUUUUUUUUAAACAUUUUAUUUCUUAAAAGGUUGUUGUUACUUUUUUUUAAUUUAGCAUUGAUAUAUAUCAUUAAAGAGUGGAGGGAUGAA